GCUUUGUGGUUUGAGUCCCUUGAUCAUGUGCCCCGAGGGAAGUCAGGCGGUGGUGGCGGUGGUGGUGGCCUUGGAUGACGAGACGCUCAGGGGUGUCUUCAGCUCACCUUACACUUGGGCUUCUCAGGGAGGAGGGGCUGGAGCCCUGGCCCACCGUGAGCACCAUGAUCCUCAGGCUACUCCUGGCUCUCAACUUCUUCCCCUCAAUUCAAGUCACAGAAAACAAGAUUUUGGUGAAGCAAUCGCCCAUGCUUGUGGUGAACAACAACGAGGUCAACCUUAGCUGCAAGUACACCUACAACCUCUUCUCAAAGGAGUUCCGGGCAUCUCUUUAUAAGGGAGCCGAUAGUGCUGUGGAAGUCUGUGUUGUGAGUGGAAAUUACUCCUAUCAGCUUCAGUUUCACUCAAGUACGGGAUUCAACUGCAAUGGGAAACUGGGCAACGAAACAGUGACAUUCUACCUCCGAGAUUUGUACGUUAACCAAACAGAUAUUUACUUCUGCAAGAUCGAGGUCAUGUAUCCUCCGCCUUACAUAGACAAUGAGAAGAGUAACGGGACCAUUAUCCACGUGAAAGAGAAACAUCUUUGUCCAGCUCCCUGGUCUCCUGAGUCUUCUAAGCCAUUUUGGGCACUGGUGGUGGUAGCCAGCAUCCUAGCUUUCUACAGCUUGCUGGCAUCAGUGGCUCUUUGUAACUGCUGGUUGAAGAGUAAGAGAAACAGGAUGCUUCAGAGUGACUACAUGAACAUGACCCCCCGCAGGCCAGGGCCCACCCGGAGGCACUACCAGCCCUACGCGCCAGCGCGAGACUUUGCAGCCUACCGCUCCUGACACGGACGCCUAUCCAGAUGCAAGUCGGCUGGCACCUCGUCACCUGCUCAACACCACUGCUCUGGAUAGGAAAGGACUGCCUCGUCUUCAGCCAGCCACCUCAGGCCUCUGCUGGGCCACCAGUGCCAACUCUUCUUGAACAGCUAGACUGAAUAACAUCAUUUUGAGACUCUGAAAUGAAGUCAAAGAAUAUUAGUGUGACAGGCUAUAUUUUGUAGUGCUAUGGCCCAAAUUCAAACUUAUUAUUUAUUGACUUGAUUGAGAGGUUAGGAUGGAGACCAAAAAUCGAGUGGAUUCUGUUAGCCUUGAAGCCUGCUUCCAAUUCCACUCCUUUCUAAUUCACCUGCACAUUGUGGCCAAGUGAAGUGUGAUAUCAAAAGACUUUUUAGAUGGAGAAGAAAGGCUAGAAAAUCAUUCCCUUUGGUUAAAUGGGAGUUUAGGGUGGGGAUAAGUUAGAGUGGGGGGAGAGGGUAGUGAGACACAAACAUUUUAAAAACCAUUAAAACACUCUCUCACUCAUGAAAUGAGCCACUUAGUUCCUAUUUAGUUUGGAAAGAUGUGGGCAUGUUUUUUGAUGACGAAUUCUGAUCCUAUUUGGUCAUUUUGACCAAUGGAAUUCCUUCAAAGCUAGGGAGGUCAACUUGCUUUCCUUACUCCCCGUGUUGGGAAUUCAAUGUAGUCUUCACGAUAUGAUUUCAAAAGAAUAAAGUAGUCCUCCUGCACAAAGGAAGAAUGUGUCAGGAAAUCAGGUCACUUGAGGUCAAAAUUAUUUGAAUCCUAUGAAGGGCUAUUUAUUCAGCAGCUCAUUCCUGUUUGAUCAUAGAUGGGCCUUUUCCAUGCCAUGUAUUUCAGGUUUGCACAGUUGGUUUCUUUAUUGUCUGCGUGGAGAUCUCAAGUGGGAUGCUGAGAGCAUGUGUGCAGAAGAAGUGAUGAUAUCAUGAAAGGGGAUUGUUAGCAUUCACUAGCAUAUGGGAGAUGAGUACUUCUGGAGGAGGGGGAAUAGAAUGGAAUGAUGCAAUUCUUGCCAUGUAAUGAGGGGAUGACCAGCAUCUGGUGGAAGUUUUCCAGAAGAUGGCAGGCAGAAGGAGCUGUGGUGAGAGCUCCUUUAUGGGACUUUUUGUGCUUUAGGGCUCAGAGCUCCAAAACUCUGUGGUUUGGUUGUCUGUUGACCCUGGAGGUCCACUGAUACAGAAAAAUAUUUGAUGCUUUUGAGACAGCAUCAGAGUUCUCAAGAUACCCUGCAAGGCCAGACCCUGGAAACACCAUGGAUAUUUUUCUGCUCCAGUUUGGAGUAUGUCUGGGGACCCUGAAGAACAGCUUUGCUGCUGCCCUUGUUAUUUGUUCAGUGCUUUGAUUCAUUCAAAUGUUGGAGGAGUCCAGGUUUCAGAGGCAGAUAGACCUGGUUCAAGUCCCAUUGCUAGUUGGCCUCAGGCAGGUUACUGACUUUCUAAGAUUCAUUCUUCAACUAUAAAAUGAAGAUAAUGAUCACAAAUGUCUGUCCCUCUGCUAUAAUUUCCAUGAGGAUGUGUCCCUAGUUUGUCUUAUUUUUCGGCUUGUCCCUGGCACAAAGUACCAUGCUUGACAUAUAAUGUUAGCUAUUAUUAUUAUUGUCAUAUAGAUAAACUAUGUAUAAUGAUUAAACUGGGCAAUGAACUGAGAAGAGAGAAACUACUGUAACACAAAUUUAAACCCACUACCCAGGAAUGAGGUGCUACGAAAUUUGAGAGCCUCUUAAAUUCCACCAUUUUCCUGUUUCAAAAUAUUUUAGCUUGUAAGGACAUGUACAGCAUUCUGCCUCUCACUUUUCUGUAUAUAAAGAAGACUUUUUAAAUUUUUUUUUGGUAACAGGGGGAGGGGUAGAAAUCUUAUAAUUCCAGACAGAAUAUACUGAACUUUGAUUGGUUUUUAAAUAGGCUUCUAGUCCAUGAAAAGAAGGUUAAACCUAGCAGUACUUGGGUGACAAACUGUUGAAUUUAUACUGGCAGGUGUGCUGUGUUGUCAGUCUCUUGGCACACAGAGUUCAUUCAUCCAAGUUGUCAGAUUGAAUUUGAGAACAACAGAGCUGGAGAAUUUUUAGAAAGGGCAAUGACAAAAAAAUAAAUAAAUUAAAAAAUGGAAAGAUCUGCUCUUUGGUAAUAAAUGGUUUUAUUUUCUGAUGGGAAAAAUAGGUUUGCUGAAGAUGAAUCACACUUUAGUUUUUUCUUACUCACUCUGAACAGAACCAGAGUAGAGAUGUUAGUAGGGAAGUCCAUUUUCACUAUUAGUAUGAACCAAGAAUGGUUUGAAAACAGUGGUUGGAGCAAUGCUUUUACAGUUUCAGAUAUGGUAACCAUGAAGAAGAUAAUGCCAUUUGCUGCUGUUGUUGUAAGAGUCUUAUAAUUAAUUGAUUUUGAGCUCACUUAUUUGGGGCUGAGCAUGCCAAUUUAAAGAGACCAAGUUAAUUUAUCUUCUGUGUAUUCAGUGAUAAAAUUACUGAACUACCAUGUACUGGUUUUAAAAUUUGUGCUUUAAUAUUGUCUCUCAGAGAAGGUAUGCUUCAUUUUUGGUAAUGAAUCUGGAGACAACCUGAUAUUUAAAAAGGAGUGGGACAAAUCUUUUUUAUAAAUCUCCAGUUUAGCUUUUAAAAAAAUCCAGACUUUCAAUUAUUAGUUUCACUUCAAAGCAAAGUACACUUCUUCUUUGUUUGCUCGAUUUUAGUCACGAUUUCUCAUCAGACCAAUGGUUUAUAUCUUUGAGAGAUCAGGCUCGGCUUACGUGUGCAUUCUGUGUGAUGUAAAUUCCCUAUGAGAGAGACUGAACUUCAGCCUCGGCUCCAUCAAUCCCUUAGGUUAACUAACUGAGCCACUAGUCCUUAUGGCUAAUUAAACGGGGAUGUUGGUGGUUAAAUGGCUAUCAGAUUCCUCCUCCCAUUCUUUUGCAGUGCUGGAUAGGAACCACAGCAGGCCUGAGAACUGAUCCUAAAGUGUUCACUUAACUAUAUGUUGAAGUUUGGAGAUGGUGGCAGUGACCAAUGAACCUAGAACCAGGGUCGUCACUGCUAUUGACAUGUUACUACCCAGGCCUUGGUAUCUGCAAAGGCAUCUGAGGCUCUGGAAUUCUCUUUCUUAUAAGUGCAUACUUUCUGAUAUAUUCCUCCUCAAACAUCACAGGCAUGUUCCCACCUUAGGGCCUUUACACAUAUUGUUUCCUCUGUCUGGAAAGUUCUUCUCCAGAUAUCUACCUGGCUUGCUCCCUCAUUUCCUUCAGGUCCCUACUCAAGUGUCACCUUUUACCCUAGUUAAAUCCCCCUCAAGCCCCAUCUACUUUCCUUGCCUUUUUUUUUUUUUUAUAACAUCUCACCAUCUCUUACACUAGAUUUUUAAUUUAUUUGUUCGUUGUCUGUUUCCCCAAACUUGAAUGUAAACUCUAGGAGGGAAAGAACUUUGUCUGCUUUGUCUAUUGCCAUAUUUCCAGUGCCCAGCAUGCAACAAAUAGUUAUAGACUGAAUGAAUAAAUUUCACAUGACUAGGAAUUAAUGGUUAAUCUAAAUGUACUAAUCGCACUCUAAGAAGAAGACAGCCAGUUCUGUUUUCCACUUUUCUAUUAAUAAGCUCAAAAAUCCAUUGUAUUAGUGAGACAGGAGGUAAAACAUAUACAUAGCCAAACCUGGUGAAAAAACCCUGAUAUAUAUGAGUUCAUUUACAUUUUAGAAAUGUUUGUGCAGUGAGGAAAACUAAUACUGUUAGAGUCAUCUUAAAAAGUCACGCUAAAUAAGCCACAGUCAAGAUUAAGUUGAUUUCCCACUGAAGUCCCCAAAUGCCCUCUUAACGGAUUAUUGACCAUGUUUUAUAUAUGCCUAUAGUCUAAGGCUUCUGAAAAUGUUGCCCUCAGUUAAAAUCCUAUCCUACUACUAAACUGCUGCUCUUUUCUUUUCCUUCCUGUUUUUUUCUUUCUUUUUCUUCCCCCUAGCAAAUUCUAUAAAUGCCUUGCCUGGCUGUAAUUCAAAAAGAGCUCAAGGAUGAAAUGCUGGGGGUAGACAAUUUCAGCUUCGUCACCUGUCAAGCUCUUGUCAUAACUGAACAGUCUAAUGGCUUGAAAUAGUUUAAAAAUAAAAGAACAACAAACAGCAUUGUGGCACUUGGUGCAAAUUGAAAAUUCAAAUCAGACAUAUUAAUCAUCACACACACACACACACACACACACACACUGCUAUCAUCCUGUGGGUAGGGAAAGGCCCUUGAACGAGAGACACAAGAGCUCAUCUGAUACUUCAUGUAGCAGCUCAUUUCAAAUUGUGCUUUGAGCGUGGCUUGAAGUCACAGAGGUAUGCAAUGAGUUCAUCUCCAAACAGACUGUUUUCUUUGUUGAAAUGGAGCUCAUUAAGCUGAAUAAAAAUAAUUAAAACCUACUACUCCAAGAAAGAUGGAACUCAGCUAGUCACUCAUGAGUUUGGACAAACCAACUCAACUGGAGAAGGACAAGUUGUAAAAAUCAGGCCUUAAAUAAAUCUGCUCAAUAAGCACACCUUUUCUGGGCUAGUGAAAAUAGUGUAACCUAGUUCUGUGAAAUGGUCCCAGUAACUUGAAAUUCAAGUGCAAAAUGAAAUAAAAGGCAAACUUCAUGACUUCACCUAACAGACCUCCCACCAGGCUCUAACUACGUAACUCUGUGAAUAGUGUAAUUCCCUGCGGCCCUGAAUUCACUGUUUACCCCUCCAGUCUGUUAAAACAGAUUGAUUCCUUUUAAAGCAGAACACUUUUUCCUCUCUCAUCUUGUCUGGAACAGAGAUAAUGGACGAGGGAGGAAAAUCAAAGACAUUUCUGGAUCUGUCAUAAUGGGGGCCCAGGCCACUACUCUAAGCAAAUGGGAUGGUCUGGGAGUCAUACCAGAAACUUGUCUGUUACCUCAUCGGUGUCUCCCUUAACUGAGGCACUGUUUAUCUCUCGACUUUUCAACAGUGGUGCUAAGAAGAAAUUUGGUUCUUUAGGAGUGAACCUGAGUGGGUGGGCCUCCCAACUUUCUCUGGUUUGGCAUCCCCAAGGAACGUGUAUUUCCCUUUGAAGAUUCACAAGUGCUCAGCACUUAGAGACAGACACAGGACAUCGUCCAGAGCAGAAUGGAGUCCACUUUCUCAGUGUGCCUUUUGUUCUUUUCAGGGUGUGGACACUGGGCUCCCUGCUUGAAAAAUGUUAAGGAUGAAACAUGAGUGAUCCAAGACGUUUCAUCUGUUCUGAGCCGACCUCGCUAUUGAGGCCACGCGAAGGCCAGAACGCGCACUUCCCAAGUACAUGUCCUUAUUUUAUGUUCCUGCGCCAUCUCCAUGAAAGGCUUUGGAAUGCUGGGAAUUUGAGGGGACAGAAAGUCACAGAAAGGUGAAUUUCUCUUCGAGUAGGAGUGGAUCGGAGUCCACUUACACUUUCACUGGCAGAGCGGUCUCAAUGACAGACUGAAACACUCCUCUGGCUCCAAAGACCAAGUUGUGAGAGCUGGUGGAAAUGUCAGUUGAGACAGAAGAGCAGCAAACAGCUUUGUUUUCCUAUAGUUGUGGUUUUACUUGGUGAUGAUGACACACGACGAUGAAAAUGUGCAGUAUGAACUCCCGUUGUUAUCUGAGCGAGCAUCUCUGCCAACUCUGAAGGAUAUGUGUGGGUGUCACCUGCAAGCGAAGAGAGAGAGAGAGAGAGAAAGAGAAAGGGGCCCCGGUACGGAAAGAAGAGCCAGUUCAUCAAAGAUCAACAGUGACAAGUGGUGCUGUUUAUUUCACGAGCUUCAGAUUCGAUUUCCUUCCCCUCGCUAAUCUCCAAGUCUGAAUUUAGUCUCUGGACUAAACAGAUGAGUGUCCGGUGACUGAGGAAGCGGGUGGAAGAAGGUGGGCUUGAAUGGGCAUCACGACAGUUACCACAGUUAUCGAGUCAUUUCUUAGUCCCCUGGGCACACCCUUAGCAUUUGACAUGUUAGCUUCCCAACGUGCAUUUUUGCAAACUUUUGAGAACCUGCCAUGUAUUACACAAGGGUAGACAAACCUGAGGUUGUUCUGGGGGUCCCUUUUGCAUUCCCAACCCUAUGCAGCUCUCCUCUCACCUCUUUCCUGUUUCUCCCUCCUCCCUUCCCUUUCACUCACUCACUCACUCACUCACUCACUCACUCACUCUUUAAUGAGCGCCUGCCCAGCUCUAAGAAGUGGGCCAGGAAGGGGGAGUAACUCGCGGCAGCGAGUAGCAAGUAACCCAGCAUUUUAAUCUCCACACUUACCAAGUACAGAGUGUAGAUGUUGUAUAUUCCUUCUUCUUCUUUUUUUUUUUUUUAAUACCCUAAUCCUCAGGGUAACCACUUAGUCUUAAUUUACAGGGUCAGAGAUGGGAGGGUGUAGCUCAAAUGGUAAGAGGGCAUGCUUAGCAUGCAUGAGGUCCUGGGUUCAAUCCCCAUUGCCUCCAUUAAUAAUAAUAACAAACAAAUAAAUAGACUUAAUGACCUCCCUCCUCCAAAAUAAAUUAUGGGUUCAGACCUGAA